GAGCGUGCUGUUCGGACGGUCAACACGUGGAGAGAGAGAAAAGAGAGGCAUACACAUAGGAAGGGGGACACGUUGGGAUUGUAUUGGGCCCAGUGUACGUAAUAUUAGAUUACGAGCCUGCAAUUCACAGUGGCGGCGCAGACAACAUUGAAACAAAGUGUAGUAGCUAGGGUCCAGAGGAGAUGCCAUUGAGGUUCCGGUCCUUUGCCCCGUACACGCUUCCUGGGGUGCUGGCGCUCAUCGGCUGGUGGUGGUACAUCUCCCGCAAGAAGGCUCGACCUGCCAGCCUCCAGGCUGAGGAGGAGGGGGCGGCCCCAGCCAUGGGCCUGCUUAGCUCCCCCACCGAAGUCAGUAAUGGACUGUUGGAAAGAGCCUGUUGCCAACCCACAUCAACCUCCACAGUCCACCGGAGGCCGAGCAGAGACAGACCCAAAACCAUAGAGCCCAAGUCUACGGAGCAGGAGCUGCUGCUGCAGCAGGAGGUGGUGGUGGUGGUGGCAGCGCAGGUCCACUCGCCUCUGGUUAGAGCGGUGGAGGCAGAGGCAGAGUCCAUCUCCAUCUCCAGGUCCCCCUCUCUCGGGUUGGGAAGGACGGAGGUACCCCAAGUCUCUACUCCCCACCUCAGGAAAGGUAGAGAAGCCCCAACCCAGAGCAGCGUAGAAUGUCAGCAGAAGACUACAGAAGCUGACCUGGCCACAGAAAAGAGCUCCAGUGAAUCAGAAAGAGAUGCCCUUAGCUGCAGUGAUGCACAACAGAUCCAUGUAGACACGGGGAAACCAAGCGUUACACCCUUGAUAACAGCUGAGCCUACAGCAGCCAAAGAGAUGUCUCCGGAUGUGGACAGUGAAGCCCUCAGGCUUGCUGCCACUCACUCUGACAGGAUGGAUCCCGACGUGGAAGUGGCUGUGGAGCUGACCAAAGACGCGAGGCCUGAACCAGAGGGAGAGGUGGCAGCAGAAGAGACACCCCACACCCAGCCCGCACCCAAGACCCUACACGAGACGCUUCGAGAUGCGACCCCUUACCCCUCCUCCUCCUCCUCGAUCUCCACCAGCUCCAUCACCAAAGAAGAGCCUGCCCCCAUGACUCUUGCCGCAAAGGAGUCCAGGCAGGAGCCCCCGUUCCUGCACCCCGAAACCCCCACGGCCCACCACGUCACAUCCCCUCUCUUCACAAGCACGCCCACUGGCCCCGACGAGGCGACCUCAGAGGGCCAAGAUCAGUGGCAGGUGGAGAACGGCAUAGUGAGUCAGCUCCGGGAGGAUGGCGAGAGCAAGCACGUGGCACAGCAGCUGCAGGAGUACGAGCGCGUCGCAGCCGGUCUCAUCACCGAGGUCAUCUCAGCUGCCGCCCAACAGGUCCAAAUGACCGGCAGCUGCGAGGAUGUAGCUGUGGCCGUGCAGACGACGCCGUCUCAGACCACACCUGUUCCAAAUGGCAGGCCGUGUUCUGCCGACAGCUCGGGGCAAGAGGUUGCAGCAAACGAAGAGGCAUCUAUGCAGGAAACGCAAACGCAAGGACCCCCGGCGACAGAGCAGUCCGAUAAAGAGAUGACCAAUGGUUGCCUGACAGCACCCACAUGGGAACGCUACGCAGAGAGGAUGGCGGAGAAGGAACAGACGACGGUCACGACCACCCCCUCAGACAGCCUACGAGAACCCGCUGGUAGUCACUCCAAACUACAGGCCGAUGAAACGCAGACUGUAGCUGAGGACUCUGGCUGCUGCCAAUCAGAGGAUGGCAUCAGUGGUGAGGACCUUCCCCUUCAUGCCACAGGGCUACCACAGGUAGCGCCCGACACAAAAGAGGGUCCCGUUCAAGCCUCGUCAUCGUCCCUGCUCUCCUCAAAAAUCGAGGAGGUACGGCCAACAGGUAGUCCCACUCCGGUGGUGCUGGAGGAGGCGGUGCUAGCACAGCACGAGGCUGCCACCGCUCUCCGCCCGCAGCUCACCGCUGCCUCCCUGAGGAACGGAGCGCACCUCAUCAGCGAGGCUGAGACUGACCAAUCUGGUUCCGAUGUGAACAGCAUGGACUCUGUGGACAGUGGCUGUACACUGGGGGCAGGAGAGGGCAGCAGCAGCCUGCCGUCUGCCUCCUCCAGCUCUGAGGUCAUCGUGUGGGAGAUCGAGGUGCCAAAGCAUCUAGUGGGGAGACUCAUUGGAAAACAAGGGAGAUACGUGAGCUUCCUGAAGCAAAGCUCCGGAGCCAAGAUCUACAUCUCAACUCUGCCUUACACACAGGAGUUCCAGAUAUGCCACAUGGAAGGUACGCAGCAGCAGGUGGAUAAAGCACUGGCCUUGAUUGGGAAGAAGUUCAAAGACCUGGACCUGACCAACCUGUACGCUCCCCCUCCCGCCCCACUCACGCUGCCCUCACUGCCCAUGACCUCCUGGCUCCUGCUCCCCAAUGGCGUGACGGUGGAGGUGAUCGUGGUGAAUAUCGUCUCCCCCGGCCACAUGUUUGUGCAGCAGCACACGCACCCUACCUACCAUGCCCUGCGCAGCCUGGACCAGCAGAUGUUCCUGUGCUACUCGCAGCCCGGCACGCCUGCCCUGCCCACUCCCAUUGAAGUGGGGGUGAUCUGUGCGGCUCCAGCUGGAGAGGGGGCGUGGUGGAGAGCCCAAGUCAUCUCCUUUUACAAAGACUCUAACGAGGUGGAGAUCCGCUACGUGGACUACGGCGGCUAUGAGCGGGUCAAGAUCGACACACUUCGGCAGAUAAGGUCCGACUUUGUUACUUUACCCUUCCAAGGAACAGAAGUACUGCUGGAUAACCUUCUGCCUCUCCCAGGUGAGGACCGCUUCUCCACCGAGGGAAAUGCUGCUCUGGAGGAAAUGACAAGAGGUGUACCACUGCUUGCACAGGUGACAAACUAUGACAACAACACAGGCCUUCCUAUGGUCCAGAUGUGGAACAUGGUGGGAGAUGAGUUGGUACUGCUCAACCGCACCCUGGCAGAACGAGGGUUUGGCAACUGGGUGGACAACUUCUGAGUCUCGCAUCAUCUGCCCCCCCACCCCCUACCCACCCCACCCUCUAAAGUCAUAUCCUUUUCUCCCCACCCCACCUACCCUUCUCAACCUGAAGUGGACACCACUGGUUUGGGAAGAUUUUCUUUUUUUUUUUUUUUUUGGGGUUUUUGGAUUGUUUAUUUUUCUCAGAAAAAAAAAAUUGAAGUACUUUAUUAAAAAAAAAAUCAAAUAAAGUCAAGCUAAGAAUAAGCCAACUCUCCCAACACCAGAACACACCAAAACAUCCCUUCUUCCUGCUGAGCACUGGGGCAGGAGCCUCUGCUGCCUGUCCAGCUUGUACAUUUCAGAAGAAAAAUGGGGACAAAAGGAAAUGUACGUAGUUGAAAACAUAAAGGCUUUUUUUCCUCCGUCCUGCCACUAGGGUCUCUUCCAAGCAUUCAGCACAAACACGUCUGUGGAUAUGUUUUGUUCCAUGGAUGUCUUGAGCUUGACUCCGAGAGAAAUGUACAUUUCAGAGGAAAUUACUUUUUUUAGGGAUCUCUUUCCGCAUGUACAGAAAGAGAACAGCCGAAUUUGGGUGCACUCGUCAAAAGCAGAUGGUCUCGUUUGUCUUUUGAUAUUGUUGUAAGCUUCCGUUACAAUUAUUCGUCCUGUCCACUGUGUGUGCUUUGCUGGAUUCUUCGAAUGUUGUGUUUUGGGGGUUAAAAAAAAACAACUAAAAACUAAAUAAAUAGGAAUUUUGUCACAUCUGUAAUCAAUAUAAAGUGGGGUUAACACAUUUUUAAAUUUUGCGGAAAAGUGAAGUCUGAACUUGGAUCCAUGUGAAACGCCACUGUGAGGGGCACCAGAUCCGACGCAUCAGACAUGGGACUCAUGAGUGUGGGGGCGGUGUUGUAAGGGUGGGGAUUGGUGGGUGGCACCCUGCUCCUGUACCCCCCAUAAUCUCCUGUCUGUACAACACUGUGGCCUUAAUCAGGAGGAAAUGGGGGGGGUCUGUCCUGUGACGACAACCAGAGGAGGCAGAAGAGCCAUUCUCUGCACUCCCAACCCCCCACCCCCACCACACACACACACACACACACACACACACACACCAGACAGUCCUGUGAGACACCCCUUGCUUCACCGCAGCCUUCAGAGUGCUGUGACCAAGCAACGUGGUGCAUUCUCUCUCGCUGCAUUUCUGAUCCACUACAUGCAAUUUUGAGGGGAGAGCUGAACCACUUUUGGCAAGGAUACUGGAGAUGGCACAGUCUUCAUAGAGAUGAGGCAGCUAGUGGGCAAUAAGCCAUUUGGGUUCUGUGGCGCCAGCCUUAGUGUUGUGUGCUGCGUCUUGUGUUGACUCGCACCCCAUCCUACAUUGUCCUUUGAGUGCACACCACGUUGGGGUGGGUCAGCGCAGUAUGGGACCAUUAUACCACGGAAAAAGUAUUCACUUGGUGUGUCGGGGCGCAGGGCAAAGGGGGGGCGGGGGGGUUGGAUACACUACACCAUCCUUAGUGGAUUAAGGACACUACUAAUCCAGAGACAUGGCAUUGGGUAGAUAGGAAUGGGAGUAAAAGGGACAGUUUUUAUGCAGGCCAAUGGCAGAUUGGCCACUAGUUACAGAACUAAGAUAACCAACUAUAUGUGUGUGUGUCUGGUUUGCAUGUAAGCCUUGUCCACAAGAUCACAUACCUCUCUGUUGUUUUCACUGUGUUGCUUCAUAAACAAGACCUGUAACUCCCUUCUCGGCAAACGCAAGCCCACUGGCCGCCCCCUAGUCCUCACCGUCCCAUUCAAAGCCAGUGUGUGUGGGCAGGGGCAGUCAUGACGGUGCUCUUUGGCCAGUGAUCCCUGUCCCCAGCUUAACACUGCAUCAUCACUCCCUUGAAUCGUCACCUAGGGUAGCUGGAGGCACAUCUCCUGAAAGAAAGGGCGGUCAAAAUAAUACCAAAUUCAAAACUAUUUGUAGUCUGUUUUAAGGACACUUGAUCGGUUUGUUAAGUCGCUGAAUGGAACAGGGACUUGGGGAGUGUAUGCAAUUGGUCACAUGACAAAUCUGUAACGGUUGUGAUACAGCCUUGCAUAUACCAUUGUUUUUGUUUGUUUUGCUGGGUAUGGCAUAGGAUAUUUGCAAUGUGUGCGCCAUGUUAAUUAGCUCAACCAAGUAAUAGUGUGUUUUUUUUUAUUUUCUUCCGUCACUUACCUGUGGUGUUUUUGCAGUGGGGUAGGCCUCCGUUCCUGCUCUCUGUUAUGACCGUGGACAUUUUUUUCUUUUUUUUGUGACAUCACUAACUCUUGUGACACUUUCCAAGUCCCUUUGUUUCCAAAUGCUGUCUCUGUAGAACACUGUAACCUCAUUGCUAGCAUGAAAUAUCAUACACUAGCCUUCAUGUUCCAUAGCCAUUUUCCACGACUCCUUUUGGGUUUUGUCACAUGGUGAGGCUGCUCUGCUAAGGAAUUUUGAGCUUUUGUUAACUUUUUGUAAACCAUGGUUUUAAAAAUCCUUUAAAUAUAUACUAUGGAGGCCAGUGGACCCCAUAAAACUGACAUUAACAUUAGACUGUAAUCUGAAAACUGAGUAUACAGCAGCAUUUGUUUAACAGCGCAUUAGCAAGGGGCUUCCCUAAAUGUGUCUGUUCGAGAUGGGCGUGUAUGUUUACCCCUUGCUACUUGAAAGUCCAAUUUAUUCACUGUCAUGGUUAGGCCUCUGUCUCACAGUCCAAGCCUCAGGAAAGGUGGAUGACUUUUUCAAAUCUGUUGUCCAUACUAUAAGGACCACUUGACAUUGUAUUGUAAAAUGGUUUGGCCAUCAAGCGACCGGUAUGUCUAACUGUAUUUUAAGAUGAAGGAAAGACGAUGAUUGUACUGAACUGACCAUCCGCAGCGUUUUCAUAUCUAUGUGUUGUCGGGUAUAGCACCUCUUGUGUGAUUUGUCAUGAUGAGUGUGAACAGUAUGCAGCAGUACACUGAAGGGAGUGGUGUCAUGACUUGAACAGAUCUGGGGUCAGGGCAGAUCGACCCUAUGGUCUCUGCCCACACAGAAGCGGAUUCUGGAUGGAUCUGGCAUUGGUCAGUCAUCUGGUCAGUGUCAUCAGAGCCUGAUCCACUACAGUGUCACUUGAUAUGAUUUGAGUGACCACGCUCCACCAGUGUACUGACACCAUGUUCAUUUGCUUUUUAAACAGUGUUUUACAUCAUUAACACUAAACCAUACUCAUGGUUCAGGUCAUAGUUACCUGUGAAAGUCCAUGCUGUUGGCGUUGUCGUCUUUGCUUUGACCGUAGACCGCUUGCCCCAUCCCUCCCUGAUCUAUCAGCUCUACCCCAGAGCCAUGUUGCAUCUAAGGCGUAUUCUUGUGUACAUUUGACAUCAAAAUCAGACCAUCUCCUCUUCGCUAGAGUGGAGUGUGUGUGGCUUGACUUAAUUUUUUUUUUAAUAUAAAAUAACAUUGUGCAAGUCUGUGUAAAUAAGAUAUUUCACUGUACUUUUGUAACACACUGGAGAGCGUUCAGGAGACAUCAAACAAUAAAAGGGAACUAUGUUCAUACAAAUAUCCACCCCCCCCCCCCCUCCAAGGUCACCCUUCUAAAUGAAAUCUGCUCAGAGUUGUUGUGUCCGUAGGACUGGUUUGAAGUGUCUGCUUAGGUAGGGUAAGCAUUUGGGUAUUUAAAAGGAGUGCAAGCAAGCCUGCCCCCAUGCCAGGCAUGGACAGGUCAGAUUUAGCUAGACUCGUUAAAGAUUUGAUUUUUUUUUUUUGUUUCUUUGUUUUUUUCUUUGUUUGGGUUGUACAGGUCUAUUGGGGGGGAAAAGUAAUAAAUAAAGUUAUUAAAAUAGA